UCAGAUGUUCAUUUGGAGCUAGAAGAUAGAAUUGCUAAGUUUAUGAGAACUGAAGAAGCUAUUAUUUACUCUUAUGGAUUUGCCACAAUAGCCAGUGCCAUUCCAGCAUACUCGAAGAGAGGCGAUCUGGUGUUUGUGGAUGAAGCUGCAUGCUUUGCUAUUCAAAAAGGUUUGCAAGCUUCACGCAGCAACAUAAAGUAUUUUAAACACAAUGAUAUGGAUGACCUGGAACGAUUGCUUAAAGAACAGGAACUUGAGGACCAGAAAAAUCCUCGCAAAGCACGUGUAACCCGACGAUUCCUUGUAGUGGAGGGAUUGUACAUGAAUACUGGGUACAUUUGUCCACUCCCGGAGCUGGUAAAAUUAAAAUAUAAAUACAAAGUACGGAUAUUUUUGGAAGAAAGUUUGUCCUUUGGGGUUUUAGGAGAGCAUGGACGAGGUGUAACUGAACAUUUUGGAGUGAAUAUUAAUGAUAUUGACCUUAUAAGUGCAAAUAUGGAGAACUCCUUGGCCUCUAUUGGAGGAUUUUGCUGUGGAAGAUCCUUUGUUAUUGAUCACCAGGUCUGA